GGCGGGUGCCGGCUGUGGCAGCCGGCGGGGAGGAUGCGGGCGCGGAGCGGGCUCGACCCGGGCUCCGUGUGGGCGCAGCGCCUCGGGCAGCUGGAGCGGCGGUUGCGAACCAAAGAAGAAAGAAUAGUUGUCCUGGAAACUGAAAAUGCUGCUCUUCAUCUAAAACUUGCAGAGUAUCAAGGGUUGGCUGGAAGAAGCACUAAUGAAGUAUUGCAGCUCUACUCUGCUCAUGGCCAGCAGCAGAAAUUGCAGAGGAGUUCUGUUGUAACCCAGCUGCAUGGAGCAAUAAAGAGGCUUAAGCAAGACCUGAAGAGCCUCCGUUCAUUUGCUCUUGAGCUUUCAAAAGACUUUCAGCGUCAAAGCAAGACUUACCUUUACCAAGUUUUGACAGCAGUCCAAGGGAUACAGCUGCAAAAUGAAGCAAUGCAAAGACGCUUUCUCUCUGGGGUGGAGAAGAGGAAAAAUUGGGUCAGGCGCUUAUUUCCCACUUUGCCAGUAUGCUGGCACCUACGUGCUGUGCUCCUCUUAGAGAAAGUGUUUCAGAUAAAAGCUUUUGAUCUUGAGCAGUCUCUACAAGAGGUGACGGAGAGAUAUGAGAAAGAAAAGCAAAAGAGGAGAGCUCUGCAUAACAGCUUAGUUGAGCUGAGAGGAAAUAUCAGAGUCCACUGCAGGAUCCGACCAUUACUACCUUUUGAUACUGCUGCUGGACAUUCAGUAUCACAAGAUAGGCAAAGAAACUCUUCUGAAAAGGUGGCAUAUGCAGCUGAUGAUGAAACCGUCCUUGUAAAGUGUAGCCGUCCUGGUCAUGCAUCAAUAAACAAGACUUUUCAGUUUGAGAGAGUUUACAGUCCUUCAGAGUCUCAAGACACAGUAUUUGCGGAUGUGGCUCCUUUGCUAACAUCUCUCCUGGAUGGGUACAAUGUGUGUAUCAUGGCUUAUGGGCAGACUGGAAGUGGGAAGACAUACACAAUGUUGGGACCACAGUUAGAGGAGAACUUUGCAUACUCCAUAGAAGAUGCAUCAGAACUUGGAAUUAUUCCUCGAGCUACCCAAGAAGUCUUCAGGCUUAUUUCAGAAAAGCCACCAGGAAGUUACUGGGUUGAGGUUUCUGUUGUAGAAGUGUAUAAUAAUGAAAUUUUUGAUCUUCUGGCCAAAGACAGUUGUGGAAAAGUAUUUGGCGUCAAACGUGAUGUUGUCACAACCAGAGAAGGAAAGAGCGAUGUUCCAUUGCUUACAUAUGAGACUGUUGAAAAUGCAUCUGAAUUUUUGCAUCUAGUCAACAAAGGCCUACAGCUGAGAGUCAGGCACCCAACACUGGUGCACGCUCACUCCUCUCGUUCUCAUCUGGUAGUUACAUUGACCAUAACCACAAUUGUCUCUGGAGAUAACUUUGGUACUUCAUGGGAAGAUGAACAAACCAGUCAGAGGCUAAACAAAGAGGUUUCCUGCACCUUUCCACAAAAAAUGAGAGAGAAUAAAUCCACCUCUUCUUCUAGAGCCUCUUCACCAGCACAACUUGAAGCAACUGAGAAAAUGAAGCAAGUCAAAACCAGAUUGCAGCUGGUGGACCUGGCUGGUAGCGAGUGUGUCGGUAUGUCUGGAGUGACAGGUGCAGCACUGCGAGAGACAUCAUUUAUUAACCGCAGCUUGUCUGCCCUAGCAGAUGUUCUUGGAGCAAUAGCAGAACAGCGAUCUCAUGUACCGUAUCGAAACAGCAAACUUACGCAUCUGCUUCAGGACUCCGUAGGAGGUGAUGCUAAACUGUUGGUGAUGCUGUGCAUCUCUCCUGACCAGAAGUACUUAACAGAAUCAAUGCAGUCUCUGGGAUUUGGAACUCGUGCUCGGCAAGUUCAGAGAGGACAAGUCAAGAAAAAAAGUUUCCCAAUGCCGAGUAAAGCAAAAUAAAACCUAAGACUCCUGUGGAUUAAAGUAUUAUUAAUGAGUUCCUCAGACUGAAAUGUAUAUUGUUGUCCUAAAGCCAUUCUUUUAGAUAUCAACUGCCAGAUAAAAUAAACAAUCUUCAACAUGG